GCCUAACCGGAACUGCGCUUCCCUUUGCACGGGGCACUUCCGGGGUCAGAGGUGACGGCUUCCGGCAACUAAUGCUUCUCCGGGACACUGAUCGCCCCCUCCCCUUUUCACUUUGCCCGCAGGCCAGUUUAAAAAAAUGGAACCUUGUUCCUGUGACACUUUUGUGGCAUUACCUCCAGCAACAGUGCAAAAUAGGAUUAUUUUUGGAAAAAAUUCAGAUAGACCCUGUGAUGAAGUACAAGAGGUAGUUUAUUUUCCUGCUGCAGUUCACGAUAACCUGAGAGGACAUCUUAAGUGUACUUACAUAGAAAUUGAUCAGGUCCCUGAAACAUAUGCUGUUGUUCUCAGUCGCCCAGCUUGGUUGUGGGGCGCAGAAAUGGGAGCCAAUGAACAUGGAGUUUGCAUUGGGAAUGAAGCUGUUUGGGGAAGAGAAGAAGUUUGUGAUGAAGAGGCGCUACUGGGCAUGGACCUUGUCAGACUUGGCCUUGAAAGAGCUGAUACAGCUGAAAAAGCUCUCGACGUCAUUGUUGAUUUAUUAGAAAAAUAUGGCCAGGGUGGAAAUUGUUCAGAGGAUGGUAUGGCAUUUAGCUAUCACAACAGUUUCCUAAUAGCUGAUAGGAAUGAAGCCUGGAUUCUGGAGACUGCAGGGAAGUACUGGGCAGCAGAAAAAGUACAAGAGGGAGUUCGUAAUAUUUCUAAUCAGCUUUCUAUAACGACCAAGAUUGAUCGGGAACACCCAGACAUGAGAAACUAUGCUAAGCGGAAAGGUUGGUGGGAUGAUAAAAAGGAGUUUGAUUUUGCAGCGAUAUAUUCUUAUAUUGACACAACCAAGAUGACAAUUUCACCAGGAAGAUACUGUGAAGGCUACAAACUUCUGAAUAAACACAAAGGAAACAUAACUUUUGAAACAAUGAUGGAAAUUCUCCGAGAUAAACCAAGUGGCAUUAAUAUGGAGGGAGAAUUCCUGACCACUGCAAGCAUGGUUUCUAUUUUACCUCAAGAUUCCAACUUUCCUUGCAUUCACUUCUUUACUGGGACUCCUGAUCCUGAGAGAUCUGUUUUUAAGCCUUUCAUAUUUGUGCCAAAUAUUUCACAACUACUGGACACCAGUUCACCAAUAUUUGAAUUUGAAGACCCAGUUAAAAAGAAGCCACAUUUUAAGACUAAACCUGACAGAAGACACCCACUCUACCAAGAGCAUCAACAGGCAUUGAAAGUAAUAGAUAACAAGGAGGAAAAAGCCAAAACAAUGUUGGAGAACAUGAGAAAACUGGAGAAAGAACUAUUCAAAGAGAUGGAAUCAAUCCUUCAAAACAAGCAUCUUGAUGUGGAUAAAAUUGUUAAUCUUUUUUCUCAGUGUACAAAAGAUGAAAUUCGAAUUUAUAAGUUAAAUAUUAGUUCUUAAUUAUCAUCUAAAUGGUCCACGAUCUUCCUCAAAGUCAGAAUCAAUCACCGUGGUAAAUGAUAUGAACCUAGUGUGAGCAGAUAUGAUUACUGUUUAAUAGCAUUCAGGUGAUAGCUUGACUAUUAAAACUGCAUAUAAUUGCUGAAAUAUCAAGAAAGAAAAUAACAUUGAAAUUAGACACAUAUAUUAUGGGAUAGCCAGUUGUUACAUCAGGUACUGCCCUGUGUUAUUUUUUUUGUACUACAAUAACUUCUUACAAAUCACAUAUUCAAUUCUGCAUAAAGCAUGAAACAUUAAAAUAAUGCAUGGAUUUAAAUUUAUUAUAAUUAUGUAUUGUCCUCAAUUACAAAAAAGAAUUUUUUUCUUUAAUAAUGAAAAAUAUUGUUUUAUAGUGAAGUUUUGUGUGCUUCAGGCAAAUAUUAACCAGCUCUAACAAAGUGUUCCAGAUUUACACAUUAAGUCUUAUUAUAGUGUACUGGAGGCCCGGUGCACAAAAUUCAUGCACUGGAGGGGGGUUGUCCCUCAGCCCGGCCUGCACCCUCUUGCAGUCUGGGACCCCUCGGGGGAUGUCCACCUGCUGGCUCCCUGUGAAUGGGCCUAAGCCGGCAGUCAGACAUCCCUCUCACAGUCCAGGAGCCCUUGCUCCUUACUGCCCGCCUGCUCACUGCUCCUUACCGCUUAGCUCGCUGCUCCGUAAUGCUGCUGCAGAGGCAGGAGAGGCUCACGCCAACUCCGCUGCGCUUGCCAGCUGUGAGCCUGGCUUCUGGCUGAGUGGCACUCCCCCUGUGGGAGUGCACUGACCACUGGGGGCAGCUCCUGUGUUGACCAUCUGCCCCCUGAUGGUCAGUACGCAUCAUAGCAACUGGUCAUUCUGCUGUAACGGUUGCUUAGGCUUUUAUUAUAUAGAUUCAUUCUGAAAAUGUACUUUUAUUAAACUCAGAUAUGCUCUUUGUCAAGACUUGGAUGACCAGUGAGCCUUUAGCUAUAAUUAUGUAGCAUUUUUUUGGCCAUACUCCUUUGUAGGAUUUCAUGUUAAUAUUUUAGAAGAGUUUGUGUGGGAGAUUAGGAAAUGGGAUAGAAGAUACCAUUUCUGUGUCUCAAAUUUCUCUCAUCCUUUACAUCUUUUCACUCUGUGAAAACAGAAAUAGGAAGGAGAUAGUAAGAAUGAAAUAGAAUUAUUAGUGUAUUAUGAACAUUUUAAUGUAUAAUAUAUUGUGGACAUUUAUUAUAAAUGAGUAAUAAUCUCUGCCCAAAGUUUAUAAAACUGUUAAAGUUACAUUGAGAUUACCAAGUAAGGGUCAAAGUUGCAAAUAUCUAUAAUAAUAAAAGCAUAAUAUGCUAAUUAGGCCAGAUGACCUUCAGGACAAAGCUGGGGCUGCGAGGGGAAGCCCGGGUCCCGGAUGCCAGAGGGAAGCCGGUGCUGGCAGCCGGGGGAAGGAAGGCCUACUCUUGCAUGAAUUUCGUGCAUUGGGCCUCUAGUAAACAAUAGAAAAACCCAACUCAAAAUAACAUUAUAUACUUAUUGGUUUCUAGAAAUGUCCAUUUUAGGAUUUUGAUUAUAUCAUCAUAUUUAUUAGUCACUAUCAUUGCAACGAAGGUUGUUACUAAAGUAGUGGACCAUUAUAUAUAAAGAGUACCCAGGAAAUUAUUUUUUAAAAGUUCUUUCAUAAAAACCUUAAUCUGCCUGGUUUUGUUUUUGUUUAAUACAAGGCUGCCAUUAAAGAAAGAAAGGAUAGCUACCUCAGGUUCUCAGUUUAUUCUGUUUGCCUUAAAUGUGAUUCAGUGAUAGAUUCUCCCUAAAUCAUGAAGACCAUUGGCCAAACCCCAUAUACUUCCUCCCUUUCUCUUUUUUAGUAUAUAAGGAACUAAGGGUAAGCAGUUCAUUGAUUUAUUCAGGGACACAUAAUUUAAUCUUAUUUCUUUAAGGCCAGCACAUUUUCACUUUAUCUUUUGACACCACCUGCUACUAAACUAGCGCCAUCUCUCACCUGGACAACUGCAGUUAACUGUUCUUCUACACCCAUAUUAAUUCUUUAUCUCCAUCCACAAGAAUCACUGCAGCCGAGGGAUCUGUUAAAACUGAAAAUUUAAUCAUGAAUUUCCCUCCUAAAACUAAAACCACCCACAAACCCCACAACCUUAUUUUUUAGAGCAGUUUUAGAUUUAGAGCAAAACUAAGCAAAAAGUACAGAGUUCCUAUAUCCUCCGGUCCCAUUCUGACCUACCACCCCAUAGUCCCACACCAGAGUAGUAUGAUCGUUGUAAUUGAACUUACAUUAACACAUCAUUAUCACCCAAAUCCAUAGUUUACAUUAGGGUUCACUUAUUGUACUUUAUGGGCUUGGACAAAUGUAUGACAUGUAUCCACAAUUAUAGUAUCAUACAGAGCAGUUUCACUGCUCUAAAUAUCCUCUGUGCUACACCUGUUCAUCCCUCCUUCCCCCUAAUCCCUGGCAACCACAGGUCUUAUUGUCUCCAGUUUUGCCUUUUGCAGAAUAUCAUAUAGUUAGAAUCAUAUAGCAUCUUUGCCAUGCCUACCAGUCUUCUUUUUUUUAAACCCUUACCUGAGGACAUGCUUAGAAAGAGGGAGGGAGGGAGAGAGAGAGAGAGAGAGAGAGAGAGAGAGAGAGAGAGAGAGAGAGAGAGAGAGAACAACAACACAUUGAUUGGUUGCCUUCCAUACAUGCCCCAACUAGGGAAUGAGCCCAAAACUCAGACAUAUGCCCUUACUGGGAAUUGAACUGGCAACCUUCCAGUGCAUAGGACAAUGAUGCUCCAACAACAACCAAGCAACUCUGGCCAGCCGCCUACCAGUCUUGAUGUGGCUUCCUUUUGAAAUCCUUAGUUGAAGGACUUCAGCUAGAUUUCAGGCAGUUUUGAAUGAUGGUUGUUUUGUAGUUUAGUUGCAAUUCUGAUGUGGUUGUGGGAGGAUUCUAGUAUUGCAUUUACCUAAGCCACUAUCUUGACUGGAAGCCACUGUUUUUUAAAAUUUCUGCUAUGUUGCAUUUUCAGUUACUUGAAUGUGCCCAGUUUCUAUAUCAUGUCUGUACUCUCUGCUUCCACCAUUCAUUUCAUUUGCUCCUUUUUAUAUAAGUAGUUCUUUUUAUCCUUCAGAGUUUCGCUGAAACAUGAUUUUCUCGGGGAAGUUUUCCCCACACCACACCAGGUCAGGUUUCUUGUUACAGAUACUCAGAGCCACAGGUGAUCCUGAUCAUAACUGUUAUGUAUUUAACAUCUGUUCUCUCACAGUAAAAUAGAAGCUUUCUGAGGAUAGGAACCAUAUUUUUUCCCACAGUUGCAUGCUCGGUGUUCAAUAUUCUGUCUGCACAAGCUCAAUAAAUAUUUUGUUAAGUGAACAUUCAAGUAUUGUUGGAAAUUCAUACAGUCCUUCUCUAUCUGUAAAAUUAAGAAAAUUAGGUAGAUAAUCAAUCUGUACAACUUGGUAGCCUUUGAUAAGUCUCAGAUCAACCUGUUGCCUUUUCCCAUAUUCAAAAUUGGAAUAAGAACUCCCCAGAUAAAGACAAGGAUUAUUAUAAGGUUAUGUAAAUUAAUUUAUAAAACAAUUUAGAACACUUUCACUCUAUAAAUCCAGUGUGGUAUUUGGGCUUUGGUACUUAUGUGGGUCAUUAAUGCCUUGUGGUAUAUUUUAGAAAACUUAAGAUUUUCUUACAUUUCAUGUGUUUCUUAAAAAUAAAAUAUGUAGUAGCUAAAAUUUAGCUUUUUUUUGGUCAACCCUUAAAUGAUGUUUAUUAUUUAUAAUUGUGUGAUAAAUCAAGGAAAUAAUCUAAUAAACUGAGUAUUUUAGAGAAAGCUC